AUGUUAUUCGUUCGUCGUGGGACCAACCCAUUCCCUUUUCAAUGGCCACAUAUCGUGUUCACAUCGCUGUUUAUUCCAUUGUUAGUGAUUGCCAAUCAGGCGAACUUCGACCUAGAAAAGUCUCUCUCAACGUCGUGUGACCGACAUUGCUAUAAUGGCGUAUGUCUAAAUGGUUCAUGCGUGUGUUCAAAGGGUUGGGUUGGAAGUCAGUGUGAUCAUUGCUACGGACGCAUAAAGGUGACUGAAAACCACAGCCACCUCAUUGACGGUCCUCUCGACUACAGUCCUUCUUCCAAAUGCACUUGGGUAAUCGAGAGCGAGAAGAAGGUUGGAGCACCUUUGAACAUCCGACUUGAGAGUUUCCAAACGGAGUGUGGUUGGGAUUUCGUGUAUAUCUACGAUGGUGAUGGUGUCUAUGGUGAACAGCUUGCAGCUUUUUGUGGUGAACAAGAAGUGCAAGAGCUGAGCGCUCCGUCUGGUAAAGCACUAAUUUAUUUCUUCAGUGAUUUGGCGAUGAAUUUAAGCGGGUUCAAUAUUACAUACGAGUUUGAAAGAUGCCCUUACAACUGCAAUUCUCAUGGGUCUUGUCAAAAUAGCCAGUGUAUCUGUGACCGAGGUUUUACAGGUGAUUAUUGUGAAAUGCGUGUAUGUACAGAAGACGAUGAGGGGAAGUCAGGACCUUGUUUGCAUGGUGGAGUCUGCAGAAAUUCUCGCUGCUCUUGUGCUGCUUCUUACCACGGAGAUUCCUGUCAAACACGGAACUAUCAGUCCGUAUGGGAUCGUGUUACUACCAAUAAAGCGCCAGCUGGACGUGCCUCUCACGCUUCUGUCAUUAUCGAUGACGUCAUCUGGAAUAUUGGCGGUGAACACUUCAGUGGAGUAGUUUUCGAAGAUCCUGUUCUGUUCAACAUAACUUCUCGGUCAUGGAAAUCUAUUGUGGUAGGAGGAAAAGCUAAGCCUGGUCCAAGAUUUGAUCACACAGUAGUGCGUUACAAGUCGAAACUGUUCAUGUACGGUGGUGUUAUUGAUAGAAAGAAUAUCACAAGUGAACUUUGGAGUUUUGAUUUGCAUACGAAAGAAUGGAACCAAGAAAACGGAGAAAACAAGAAUCUAACGUUUCCUCCAUUGGCCGUUUCCGGGCAUACAGCGCAUGUGAUUGGAUCGGAGAUGUAUGUAAUUUUUGGCUAUCACCCUGAAAUAGGAUUUGUUCAUAAUGUCCAAAUCUACAACUUUGAGACAGGAAAUGGAGUUUCGGAAUACAAAGGACCAGAUAUGGACGAUUCCGACAUACAUCUGUGCACUACAAAAUGGAUUCGGGGUGAUGCCAUUCUGGUGUACGGCGGCACUAUGUGGUCGAAUACUCAGAACAAUCUCACCGAUAGUCUAAUGAGAUAUGAUAUUAAGCACGAGAAAUGGGCAAAUCUACCACCGUCUGGUGUGCAGCUAUUUCUACACACCGCAACCAUUCUGAACGGUUUGAUGAUUGUGGUUGGAGGAAACGGAUAUAAUAUUAGUGAAUCUCGAACUAAGCAGGAAUGUUUCUCAUCGAUGGUUCAAGCUUACGAUAUAGCUUGUAAGCAGUGGUUCAAUAUUUCAUCUGGUGAAGGUCAACUACGACGUUAUGGCCAUACAGCCGUUUUGUGUUUCCCUUAG